UAUCGGAUGGUGUCAGCGGACGAGGAGCCUGCCUGGCGUCGGCAGGAGAGGCGGAGAGGCCCGUCUGCACCUCUAUUGGCACGGUCCACAUUCUAAACUGCCUUGACAGUUUAGUAUAUGAGCCGCCGAUUUAUCGGAUCUCUUUGAUUGUUGGGGGUUUCUUUUUGAGUUUUCCGGGUAUUUUUAAAGUGUGUCCCCACCCGGGACCCCAUUCCCUCUUGCUGAUCCCGAAUGUGCGCCAGGGGAAGGGGGAUCAAGGUUAUUUUCGGGAACGGUCCAUAUACUAAACUAUAGCCCUCUUGGAAUCUGCGUCAGAUGUUGACUGAAUCAUCUUUGCUCGUGUUUUGAUAAGAUACUUCAAAUCAAAGUCUUUCGCAUUGACCUCUGCAGAAGAGAUGAUCAAGCUGUCUCAAAUUUUAUUUCUUGCCUGACUGUACUCAGAUAAGUUGUAAAAUUGGAUUUGGUUAGAAUGGACCCUCAACAUGUGAGAAUCCCAAUGCAUGAGAAUGUCUCAAUGGGGAAACAGCCGACUGUGAAUGUUUUGUGCUUGGAUGUCACACGCUGCUCUAAAACUUUACAGUUCUUGCUAUGCACACUGGGAGUCUUUGUUUUGUAUCUAUUGUACGGUUACCUUCAAGAGUUUAUUUUCCAAAUCGAAGGAUUCAAGCCGUUUGGAUGGUAUUUGACUUUGAUACAGUUUGGGUUGUACACAAUAUUUGGUUGGAUUGAAUGCACGUUAUCCAAUACAGUGCGCAGGGUUCCAUUUUCAGUCUAUGCAUUACUUGCCUUUCUCACCUUGGGCACUAUGGGAUUCUCCAACUCAUCCCUUGGAUACCUCAAUUACCCAACUCAAGUCAUUUUCAAAUGUUGCAAGCUAGUACCAGUCAUGUUAGGGGGAAUCCUCAUUCAGAGAAAGGUUUUCUCAAAAGUGGACUCCGCUGCUGCCUGCUGCAUGUGUAUAGGGUUGAUUGCUUUUAUUUUAGCUGAUAGCAAGGUCUCUCCUGUCUUUAGUCUAAUAGGUGUAUUUAUGAUCUCAUUUGCUUUGCUUUGUGAUGCUGCAAUAGGGAACGUUCAAGAAAAAGCAAUCAAACAGUAUGGCGCAACGAAUGCUGAAAUUGUUUACUACUCUUAUUCUAUUGGAUUUAUUUACUUAUUUUUUAUCAUGCUAAUCUCUGGAAAUCUACAUUCAGGGUUCGCUUUCUGUCGGGAAAAACCAUCUGUAUAUUUCUACGCUUUUCUUUUUUCUAUAUCAGGGUAUCUUGGAAUCCAAAUCGUCCUGACAUUGGUCAGAACAUGUGAUGCUCUAACAGCCGUCACCGUAACUACUUGCCGUAAAGCUGUAACAAUAGCCCUCUCGUUCAUUUUGUUUGAUAAACCAUUCACAAUUCGGUAUCUCUGGUCCUCUCUUUUAAUUCUGCUUGGAAUUUACUUAAACAUUUGCAGCAAGAAUCCAGCUCUCAUGAAAUCUCUCAUAGACCUUCGAAAUAGUGUUCCUUUAUGGAGAGAGUUGCCUCUUACUACUAGAAAAAGGAAAAUCACACUGUUGUCAAAUGUGUAAAGGGUUUUACUGCGCAUGUUUGAAUCUGCUCAAUAACUUAGCCACCACUAAAUGAAUUGGCGUGUAUGUCAAGGCUGCUCUUCUGAGUGGAGGAUUUAAAAUCCCAACACAAUGGAUCAGGAAUAUUGUGAGUGAAAUUGAUCCUGAAGGCCUGAUCGAAAGAGUUCUAAAACCCAAGAUACCAAGGGGAGUGUAUUGGGUAUCGAGAGCUAUUUAUUUGUUGUAAGUAGUUAUUCUCCGAUACUGAGUUUUCCAUUUUCAUUCCUUUUAUACGAGGGUCAUCCAAAAAGUAAGGUUCCCUACCUUGUAUCUUCCGAACGAAAAGAGAUAAAUCCAAUCGGUAAAAAGACAUGUAUUAGACAUAUUCUAAGCUAUAAAACAAGCCCAAGUCUUAAAAAAUCGGUUGAGGAGUUCGUGAGAAAACUCAAUUUUACGAAGGCAACCUCCUGUCACCGCGUGCCCACCUUCGGGGUCAGGAUGCGCGGAGAGUCGAUCAUUUUAGACUCGGGUAUUCGACUCUAAACAUCACAUCAAAAAGGCAUUUAAAAGUUUUCAUUGAGUAAGUCUUACCUUACUUUUUGACGUAGUCAUCACAUCUUGUUUUGACAUUUCUGGUAUCAUUACAGCAGCUUCUUGAUGCCGUCCGCGUUAAAGCUCUCGCCUUGGCUCCGAAACCAGUCAUUGACAGCGAUCUGUACCUAUGAAUUGGUUGGCAGUCGCUUUUCAUCGUGGAAGUUUUUCCGCUCGGAAACAGAUGUAAGUCACAUAAGGCUAAAUUAAGAGCGUAUGGGGGAAUAGGGGGAAAAUUUCCCGAGCAAAGCAACUGAUUUGGAAGUGCAGAUCGCUGUCAAUGACUGGUUUCGGAGCCAAGGUGAGAGCUUUUACGUGGACGGCAUCGAGAAGCUGCUUUAAUGAUACCAGAAAUGUCAAAACAAGAUGUGAUGACUAUGUCAAAAAGUAAGACUUAUUCAAUGAAAACUUUUAAAUUCCUCUUUGAUGUGAUGUUUAGAGGCGAAUACCCGAGUCUGAAAUAAUGGACUCUCCGUGCAUUCUGGCCCCGAAGGUGAGCAUGCGGCGCACGGUGUGGCGAGAGGCCAGGUUGCCCGGACAUGCGCUCGACCACUUGCAUUUUGCUGUCAACUUUGGCUUUAGAACGCAUUAUUUUGAAGCAAGGAGUAUCUGCCAGGGGCAAUUUUUGUCGAAGAUUUCAAAUCUGCCUUUACUUUUAUUAUUUGAGUGAUGAAAAUCCGAGAAAAAUUGCUGUUCACAUAAGGUGUUCCUGAAAAAUACUGAAAACAUUGAUUUCCACUUUGAAACCGUGGCUUUAGAACGCAUCAUUAUGAAUUCAGGAGCAUGAUUUAUUGCAUUUGCAAUGCAAUUUUUUGUUGUAAAUUUCAAAUGUGCCUUUACUUUUACCAUUUGAGUGAUGAAUAUCCAAGAAAAAUUGUUAUUUCCAUAAGGUGUUUUUGAAAAAUACUAAAAAUAUAGAUUUCCACCUCGCAAAUGAAUACAUUUCUAUAAUUUAAACGUUCGACACUUCUUAAAAUAUUUGCAACAGUCCCUCUCUCUUUCUAUCUGGCUUUAUAAGCAACAUUGUAAAUAUUCAUUUUUGUUAAUCUUAAUACUGCAGUUUAAUAUAGGAACCAAAAAAAUUGAAUAAAAUAUAGAAGAAAUGAGAUUUUAAACAACAUCUCUAUUUGCCCUUCAUGACCAAACAAAACUUUAACUCUCAACUACCUACUUCAUCCACCACUACAUCCAGCUAAUUAGCUACAUCCAGCUUAAUUCAUCAAUAUGAAUUAUUUUUAUUUUAAUUUUUGGAAAAAUUAAUUAGACUAAAAUUUGUAAUAAGUCUAUAUUUACUAUAUUAGUACUAUUCAUAUUGACUUUCUACCCGUGAACUUUCAUGAUAUUCUACUUGAUAUUCGAAAUUUCUAUAAUUGUCGUGUUAAGAAUUAUUAUAACAUGAUGAUACCAACCAGAGUGAGUAGAAGGCACAUUAUUUAACCACAGUUCUAACUUCAGACAGUUCUAGGCUAGAUUUAAGGCUACAUGAUAGUAUUGAAAAAUAAUCAGCAGCUUGCAUAGAGGAAGAUUAUAUCAUUGGAAAAGGUCUCAUUAAAUUUUAGAUUAGGCUGAAGAAUGCACAAACAUUGGUGUGUUUUUAGAGGAAAUUUUAGAUUACCGACUUAGCGGACUUUAGAGGCCUUUACCAUCAAGAAGGGGGAUGAAAAUUUAAAAACUAUCAUCAAAUCCUUAUAAUAUGGUACUCGUAGAACACAUUUCCGGUCCUAAACAUUCACAAUUCCGGAAUCGCCAAUGUCCCACAUUUUAACCAUAUCGCCACACCGUGCGGCAACAGGAGGUUACCUUCAUAAUCACAAAAAAAUGAUUGCACCGCUGUCACGUUAGCGUUAAGAAAACUAUCAAACCAUUUAUGAUACCCUAUGGAGACUCUAAUUCCUUUAUCUCUAUUUGUUAUGCGUGUUGGAUAGUGAUGUCAUGUCAUCAUGACGUCACUACCUAUCGUCUCUCACCGAUGGUCAUCAUCCAUCAACGAGGCAUUCGCCAUCCUUGCUCCUGCUUGCUUGUGAUCAUGUUCUGUAUUUGUGCCUGUUGAAUAUUUGCAUUUUCUAAUAAAAUGCCUUAGUCUCAA